CAAAAUCGCUAGCAUAAAGGCUGACGGUCCAUCGAAGCCAACAAUGGACGAAGCGAAGGCGCUGCAGCUGACGAUGCCGAGCCCCGACCUCAGCUCGUCGACCGCGUCCGAGCACCAGCUUCCACCCGAUCGCCGGCAGCAGCGCUCCAGAAACAAAAAUCCAUCGUCCAAUUGAGCCGAGCUAGGCCAUAGCAAAACAUCAGAAACGCGGUCGAGGUGCCGCGGAAGAUGUAGUGCCGGCAAGUGGCCCUCGGCUGGCCGGCCCCCCGCACAACCCCUUUACUUCACAGCGAUGUUCACAGCUACGCCACGAUGAAGAAGCCGGCGAAGAGAAGAACGGCCAAGGACACCCGGUUCCCACUGUCACUUCUGUAUUGCAUUUAACGCUUACCCUCGUGUAUUGGCACCUCUGCUUCGAGGCACAGCGGAAAAAUGGUCGACCUCGGUGGCUACAUCAUCAUAUUGAUGAACCACGCCGGCAAGAUGAAGCUCUACGGCUCGCCGGCCGACAAUGGCGACAACUUGGAGGUCGGUGACGAGAUUCUCGAGAUCAACGGUCGGACCCUCGAGAACGCGACCUACGAGGAAGUCAUUAAACACAUACACCAGUGCAUUAAAUCCAGGACGAUAUGUCUGCGGGUCAAGCGGAGGAGCGGCAACAAAAUGGUGCUGGAUGGAUCGAACACCGUAGGAAUCAAGGACGCCUUUGUCAUCGCCGUCGAAAAAGGUGCAAGGGAAAGGCUGGAGAGGCUGUUCGCUCUGAAAAGGAUCCAGCCUCGAGACAUCCAGACGAUAUUGCAUCAACAGGUAAGCGAGAGUAGCACCGCGUCGACGAGCGACGAGUCCGCCGCGAAAGAUGCGACGAGCAGCCAGAUCACGGUGACCGUCUCCGACAAAGACGCGGGUACGACGACGAACGCGUACACGACUACGAGGCUGAGCAACGGCACGAUCCCAAAGGUCGUCGGCAGAGACCAGCGUGUCGGCUUGGAGAAGCAGAUAAGCUGUCCGGAGGACGCGGAGGUUCCGCACUUGGCUGGGCUGCAGGUCGACAGCGUGCGAGCGAACGAGCGCCGCUCGAGCAGUCCCUUUCAGAAUGGCCACACGGAGGUGCUGAUCGGGGAACCGGAGGGUGGCCCGAGGUCGCCGCGCGGCUCCACCUCGUCCGCGGUCAAUGAUGCGACUGGACUGCUGAGCGCGACCGACGACGACAACGCCGAGCCCAUUGUCAGGUCGCGCAGUCGGAGCGUCACGAGCGUGCCCGGCGUACCUCAGCAUUCGCACCAGCAGCAGCAGCAGCAACAGGAGGGUGGCAAGGAGUCCACGGGCCCCGAUGAGAUGUGGGCCCCGAGCUCCCACCAUCGGGAGCUGCCCGUCGACGUGCCCGACACCCUGCUCCAGCAGGCCUACCCCAACCAAAAGGUAACGCCAAAACAACAACAAAAACAACUACCCAAGCGCCCCCGCCCCGUAUCGCCCCCGGUCCUCCCCCAGAGGGCCGAGCCCCAAUCGCCCCGCACUCCAAACUCCGCUGCACCGCCAGUCACACCUGCGCCCACCAAUGCCCGUGCAACCCACGGUAGCGCUAGCGAGACCCCAUUGCCCCUUGAUCAUCCGCUCUUGUUCGCCAACGAGGACAACUCGGCCCCGGGUAAGCCCCGCGAGAUCCAGCUGAGCAUCGACUCCGAGUCGACCGAGAGACUGCUCAUCGACGAUCUCGACGUCGACGUGAUCGAGGUCGACGUGAUCGGCGACGACGCCCCGAUCGAGUCUCCUACCGAUCGUAAAUCGAGCAUCGUCAAAGCCUACCGAACCUCGGACGACGAUGACGACGAGGAGGAGGAGGAGCUAGAGGAGGACCUUGAUCAGCUGGAAAGUAGAAAGGUCGAGGUGCACAGGGAGCCAGCGGGCAUCGAGGCCGACGAGGAUUACCCCUUCGCGAAGGAGGACUACCCGACGAUGCUCAAGACCUGCAGCGACGACUCGGCUAGCCCGAGGAGCUCGUCGGGCAGGUCGGAUAGCACCGUGCCCCUCGACAGUAGCCUCGUGUUGCGCAGCAGCGAGCUCAGCAAGGAGUCGACCAUGUCGAGGAACUCGAAGCUCCCGCAGAUCGUCGUGUUCGGCAAAGGCAGUAGCGGGGCCAGCAGUAGCAUGUCCUUUGACAACCCGGCCUACGGCCUGGCCGAUUUUUCCGACUCCAAGGCCCACCUCGUGCUGAGGCCCCUCGAGCAAGUGAACGACCUCGCUCUGCUCAUCGACAACGGCAAGGUCCACCACGACAAGCUGGACGACAAAAAGUCCACGUCGAGCGGCCAGAAGAAGAAGAAGCAGCAGCGCAACAAAGUGUCGGGCCCCGAGGCGGAGGAGCUGUUGAGGAUCGGCUCGACGGACGAGCUUUUAGGACUGGGCGCCUCACCGGUGACGAGGGGCCGGAAAAAGCGGCAGCAGCACUACUCGAGCGGCUACUCGACCCUACGGAGCGACGCGUCCGUCGAUUACGAUCAGGUCGACUUUGCCUCCUUCCUCGUCGUCGCCAGCAACAAGAACUACCGCGAGGUCGCCGUCGACUGUCCACCGGACUUUGUCCCCGUCACAAAGUCCCACCCCGUGUAUCCGCCACCCUCGCGCUCCAGCACCCUCGAGUCGAAGCGCACCGACCCCACUCCCUCCUCGAGGUCCAACAAGUCCGCUAGCGCGACCAAACGGAGCGACAACAACAACGAGGUGGCCUCGAUCCAAUCGUCCCUGUCGUUGUCCACGUCGUCCAUCCAGUCGUCGUUGUCGUCGCCGUUAACCAAAAGCCCCCGAGCAGUCUCCCUGGCCAUGAUUAACCACAACCACAACAACAACAACAACAACGACAACGACAACGACUUUGAGGAGAGGAGCGAGGGCAGCAAGAAGGUAAGCCGAGCGGGCUCGAGGCUCAAGAGCCUGCUCGUCGACGGGCUGAACUCCCUGAGGUUGGCCGAGCACCAACGCCACCACCACCACCGCUCCGACCUCCCCGCUUGUCCGAGUAGCAUCGCCGGACGCUUUAGCGCCAUCUGCACUGACAAUCCGCUUAUCACUGACACGCACAACCACCACCACACGCAUUCACCCGCACCGACCCACCACCACCGCACCAAAACACCAAACGCCCCGAGCACCGGGUCCUUCUAUGUCUUCUCGCCGACCGCCGCGAUCCGCGACUCCACCACCGACGAGGAGUCGUCCUCGGUAGGGGGCGCUAGCGUCGACUGUACCCUAGCUACCUCCAUUGGGGACCACUCGGCCGUGGACUACGUCAUUUACGAGGACGUCGAGAUGACCAAGCCGAUGGCUUGCCCCGCGAACGACGAUGAAGACGACGGCCACGUGUCCGUCCAGGUCGCGAACCAAAACUCGCGGAAUUCCUUGAGGGAGGCCAGGGUGCGCUUCACGCCGACGAGCUACUGCUCCCGGUCCCUGGCGGAGGAGGAGUCGGCGGACGCGCAGAACAGGGACAACUCGCGGUUGUCGAUGGAGCGGCGGGAAUGGGGUCGCACGAGCGGGACGGGCCAGUCGCUGAGCCGGAGCGAGCUGGACUUGCUGGCGGAGCACUCGGUGGGCGGGGCCGAGAAGUCGUCGCGGCUGCGGAGGUGGCUGUCGGACGAGAGGUUGGCCCCGCGGAGCAACCUGGCCGUGGUUUUCGACGCAGAUAGCGAGUCGCUCGACGUAGACGGGGGGGACUUUGAUGUUGGCGAGUCGGCGAGGGACCGGGGUACUAACGGUGAUGGCGACGAGGUGGUGGAACCGAUGGAGCUAACCGGGAAGAGAACCGGACAGGCCGCGCUCAAUGGCGUCAAGCCGGCCAUUCCGCCCAGGGACCAAAAGAGAGCCCCGGCGAGGCCGCCCAAGGAUAAUCUACGACUCGCAGCCCAGAACAACAAUGUCGAGGAGAGCGGCAGCAUCGAGACCGUCAAGACAGAGCCGACCCAGCAGCAGCUGCAUUCCAUACGAAAGUAUCAGGAUGAGUUCAGAAAGCGAAAGGAGGAGGACGAGCGUCAGGCGCAGCUCAAUCGCUCGCUGCGUGACUCCCGCAAGCUGCAGGCCCUCGAGGACCGGGCGACGAUACUCUCCGGCCAGGAGAACUUGGCUUACGCCCAGGACGAGGUGACCACGGCCUCGGCCCUGCCCAGAACGCCGAGCACGCACCAGGCGCGCCUUCCCGAAGUCGAAGAGCCACCGGUGCCGCUGACGAUAGGCGAGGUGGUGGCGAUACUGGAGAGGCUUCAGCUGCAGCUGCGCAACAUCAGCGGGAGCAUGGGGAUCUCGGGCCCGGGGGUCGAGGCGGAGAUCGAGGCAGUGAGGACCCUCCUGGGCCAGAAGCGCUUCGCCACGGCACUGGCCACCCAUCACGCGCUCAAGCACCGCCUGAGGUCCGGCAAGAGCCUCAAGCUACACACGGACGACGCGUCCAGCCUCGCCAGAGACUGCGUGGAGGUGCUGGAACAGUGGACGCAGUCGGCGACGGUGACGACGGCCAGUGGUACAGCCGCGGCGCCGACCUCGGCCGGCGAGACGAUAGCCGCUGCUGAGGAGCUAGUCCGGCUGCUCACGAGCUACGAGAUGGAGGGCCUGCUGUUGGCCCACGACACGGCCGUAGCUUGCGUGGACGGGCUGCAGCGCAAGCCGGGCUCCCCGGGUGCCCCGCCCAGUCCGUCCCCGAGCUCGAGGGACUCGCGGAUGGCCGACAACAUCAAGAUCAUCAAGAUCGAGAAGACAAACGAGCCGCUCGGCGCCACCGUCAGGAACGAGGGCGACGCUGUCAUUAUCGGUCGCGUGGUGCGAGGCGGCGCAGCGGACAAGUCGGGCUUGCUGCACGAGGGCGACGAGGUGCUCGAGGUGAACGGCGUCGAGAUGCGGGGCAAGAGCGUCAACGACGUCUGCGACAUACUCGCGGGCAUGCAGGGCAGCCUCACCUUCCUCAUAUUGCCGGCGCCGACGCCCCAGAGGAACAACAACCAGCGCGAGGAGUCCCAACAGGUGACGAGAACAUCAUAA